AUGUAUUUCACUCAGCGACUAUCAACAUUCACCAGGGGGGGUAUUGAUACCAGUUUACCUCCAACUCCUACCCCCCCAGCUUCCCCGAGUCCAUUGAGUUGCGAUAGACUGCAACGCGUGCAACAAGACGCACUCCUUGAUCUCUACUGGCAAGGUUACCACGUCAUUUAUCCUGUGCUCGAGGAAUCUGAAUUCCGAGAGCAUUACGGCUCGCUAUGGCAGAACGAUACAAUAAGAUAUAGCUGUCCAUUGGCUGAUAUUGUUGUCGCACUAUGUAUCCAGUUUGGGUCCUCAUACACAGCCUCCGAAAAUGUUGUUAUGCCUGAUCAGCCAGGAUACGAGUUCUAUCUUCGAUCACAACAGGCCUUGGGUCAUGUUUCAGAAGCUCCAACGUUGAGAUCAGUGCAAUGCUAUUUCCUAAGUGCCAUAUAUCUCUUGACCUUCAAUCAGACCAACUCGGCCUACAUGAUGGUUCGAUCAGCGGUGGCUGCAGCAGAAUCCAUUGGCUUGCAACUCGAUGAUGAUGACGACUCCCUUGACGGUACGGAUUCUGCAAAUACAGGCCCCAGGCUGUGGGGAUGUUUGAUCACAUUAGAUACGCAACUCGCCUUACAUUUAGGCCGUCCUUUCGCAGUCCCAAAUUCCCAGAUAUACAAUCCAACAGAUCCAGAGUCUGACGAGAUGGCUCAACUUGUCGGUCCUGGGUUUGGCGGGCCCUUCGACAUCAAUUGGCUCCGGUUUCAGCACGAAAGGCACACUCUUUUCCAGAUCGUUCGCGAAAUUCACACUGAGUUAAUGGCAGUCAUCGAGAAUGUUUUGGAAGAGAUUGGCUAUUCCGACAUUUAUCAACAUCCUUCAUCUCGGGAGAAAUGUGCAAAGUAUCUCUACGAACAGUUCAAGCGUCUUAAGAGCUGGGUGGAGGAAUUACCAGAGGACCUCAAGGCACCGCGUGUUCAGGGCGUGCCGUUCUCGGUCGAUCGUUCGACACUGGAUCUUAGCCAGACUGAACCUUUGUGGCUACAAAGACAGCGUCUCAUACUGGAACUGGAUUACCAUUCUCUGGUCAUCAUGCUCACUCGGACUUUCAAUUCGUUCCUGCCCACGCCAGCCCUUGGUACCUUCAACAGCGAUAACCACUGCAUUACUUGCGUAAACUCUGGCAUCAUGAUGACAAUCAUGCUAUAUCAGGUUCUUCGUGAUUCAGAGAUUCUCACUGGCUGGUUUCAAGUUGUCGGUUGGCAACAAAUCGCGACUUUUUCCCUCGCUGGCUUUGCCUGUGGUUAUCCUAUCUGCCCAUUAUCUCCCACAGCACGGCGGACAAUGAUUCGGGCUGCCCGCGUCUUUGAGAAGUCUGAUUCUCAAAAGAGUGUACAGUUGACCUACAAUCUUCAGUCAAAGUGCUUGGAAAUUGUUCAGUCUUUCUGUGCCAGGCUCGGCAUUGUUACGCCAGCGACAACACCCACCGACCACCAGAAAAGCUCGGAAGAUUUGGAUGAUCCAUCAGGGCUGGGUGCUUAUAAGGUCAUGAGUAUCGGCGAGCAAGCUUUCUCCAGUAUGGACCUUCUCAAUAUGCCAGAUAACGAGGUUUGGUCGGCAGAUACGCCAAGUGGAUUCCUUUGGGGAGAUUUGAUGAGGGAUCUGGAUUCGAGUUUGGUAUCGUCACUUGAGAAUGUGGGUGUUGAUGAUUGA